CUUUAACCUUGCCGAGGCGUCCAUGGAGAAGCGCAGUGGCGGCGUUCGCUUCCUCCGAGGGGACUCCAUUUCCUCCUCCUCGUCGUCGUCGUUGUCGUCGUCGUCGUCGUCGAGAUUGCGAGAGAGAGAGAGAUCGAUCAAGGUCUGGUUGGGGCGCGUGGUCUCUCUCGUUUGUAGGUGAUGCAGCAAGAUGACGUGGAGAUCCUCUGAGCUCUGGGGCGGGCGGAGGCCCAGCAAGCACACCUCCGGCCGCACUUGCCACCGGAAGCACGUCGAGGACGGGUAGAUCUGUGUUAUUACAUUCAGUAUCUACCUUCUCCAAGGCAUUUGCGCUCGUGCUAUUACUCUCUGCAAGCAAAUUCUAGAUUGUUGUAGAUUGGGAUGGAGGAGGUGGUGGCUGCAUCGCCGGCGACUUCUGUUGAAGGCCGAAGCGUGCUCCAAGGGCGGUACGAGAUAGGGCGGGUCAUCGGGCAGGGCACGUUCGCGAAGGUGCAUCUUGCGAGGAAUCUCCUUACAGGUGAGGGCGUGGCCAUCAAGGUGGUAGGGAAGGAGAAGGUGAUCCAGGUGGGGAUGAUGGAGCAGGUGAAGCGCGAGAUCUCGGCCAUGAAGAUGGUUCGCCACCCUAACAUUGUGGAGCUUCACGAGGUGAUGGCGACGCGGUCAAAGAUCUACUUCGCCAUGGAGCUGGUCCGCGGUGGGGAGCUGUUCACCAAGGUGGCCCGAUCCGGUCGCCUCCGCGAGGACGCUGCCCGGCGUUACUUCUGCCAACUCGUCUCCGCCGUUGAUUUCUGUCACGGCCGAGGUGUCUUCCAUCGCGACCUCAAGCUGGAGAAUAUCCUUCUCGACGAACAAGGGGAUCUCAAGAUCGCUGAUUUCGGGCUCAGCGCCUUCGCCGAGAACGUCCGACUCGACGGCCUCUUUCACACCGCCUGCGGUACGCCCGCGUACGUCGCUCCUGAGGUGGUCGGCCAAAGGGGCUACGACGGGGCGAAGGCCGACCUCUGGUCCUGCGGCGUCAUCCUCUUCGUCCUCCUAGCUGGAUUCCUCCCCUUCCAGGACGAGAACAUACUCGCUAUGUACAAGAAGAUCCGCCGAGGGGACUUUCGAUGUCCUCCUUGGUUCUCGUCGGACGCCCGACGGCUCGUCACCAAGCUGCUCGACCCUAACCCCAAGACAAGAUUCACCGUCGACCGGCUCACGGGAUCUCCCUGGUUCAAAAAAUCGACGAUUCCCAAAUCAGUUACCGGUACCUCGUCGCCGCCUUCAGCCAGCUUAGAAUCGGAGCUUUCCGGCGAUAAAGAACCAGCAAAGAAAGAGGGGAAGGAACCAGAGAGACUAAACGCCUUCCAUCUGAUAUCGUUCUCGGAUGGGUUCGACCUCUCACCCCUCUUCCUCGAAGGAGAGCGGAGGGAGAAGGUCAUGCGCUUCGCCACAAAUGAGCCGGCAAGCGACGUUGUGUCGAGGCUGGAAAAUUUUGCGGCCAGAGCGGCGGCGAAGUGCCGGGUGACGAAGAGCUGCUCGGCGGGAGUGAAGCUGGAGGGCGAGGAACGAGGUCGGAUGGGCAAGCUGACGAUUUCCAUCGACAUAUUCACAGUGGCGCCGCCAGUUCUCGUGGUGGAGGUCAGGAGGGACGGCGGCGACACCGCCGAAUACGAGAAGUUCUGCAGCGACGAACUCCGCCCCGCGCUCCAAGACAUCAUCUUGACUUCAUCAUCCGACCAACUCCAAACUUCUACAUUCUAAUCAUCCUCAAUCAACAUAUGUAACCAAAUUCAUCGUCAAAAUUUGAAAAGCUUGAAGAACGAGAAGCAGCAGCAGGAAAACAUGUUAGAUAGCGACAACUCAGACACUCCCCGUGACAAAUAAUGCAGCGUCCUUGUCUCAUUCCAGACUCUGUCGACAUCGACAGGUGGCUGGAAAGAGGUUAGUACACAAAUUCAGCUCUAAAGUAGAUUCUCAUUUUUGUGUUUCGAUAUAAAGUUGAAGAACAUGGGGCUUCUUUCUGCUUAGAAAUCUUUCUCAACUGUUCUUGAUUAUCAGUUGCUCACACACAAUUCAACUGGUCAUAUUUCGCUCCCUACUCGAUUCUGAACAUGUAGAUGAUAAUAGUACAUAGGACCUUAGUUUUUGAAGUAAACACAAACUAGAACUACUGGAGCAUUAACUACUUGGGUUUAUCGGUGGCGAUGGUGGCGCGGGCGACGUCGGAGGGUUUGGUCCCCGGCUUCGACUUGUAGUAGAGGCCGAAGUACCCUAUGGCGGCGAAGAUGAGGAAUCCGCUGACGGCCAUAGUGGUGAUGCUGUAAGGCAGCCGGCGCCGCUGGUGCAGCACAUCCGAUGAGCUCGGCAGCACCCGCUUCGCCUCCCUAUCAUCCAUGACACUGCUUCUCUUCUCCGCUCUCCUGUUGUUGAGAUCCUUCCUCUUCUCUUACUCUUUGUUGGCCUUUGGUUCCCCAGCCAUGGUCGGUCGCAUGCUUUGCACUUUGGUGCAGUUGACACGUCGUGGAUCGACGUGUUCUUCAGAGAACAUGCGGUCUGAUUUUGUUUUAACUAAAUACUACAUUUUUAUGAAAUAUAUUACUGAUUAUAUAUAUA